UUAUUUCUCGUUGCAAUGAAGUUUAUGCCGUUGUUGGUCGUCUCGCUGCUGGCGCUCCUCUCCCUCCUGGUCAGUGGGGGCGAUGCACGCAGUAUUUUGAAAAUACCCAAAAUUACCGUCAGGAAUGGCGAUAUCAUUGUCCACGGCAACUGCAAUGGCUGUACGUUCCGUGCCACCAAAAACACGGCACAGUUAUCAAUAAAACUGAGGAGCAAAACCACCUACAGGGGUUAGGAUAGAUAUAGAUCCAUAUAAGAGUGUACUUUACGGACGUUCUUGCCAUAUUGUUAAUCUAGUAAUGGAGCUUGUCUGAUUCCUCAAUACUCUGUGUGUAAGCCUUGUGAUAAGUUAAUAAAUGUACCUACAUAUUUAUUUUAA